AUAUCAACUUCACCAUCAUGGAUUCAAGCGCUGCACACAGUCCUGUGUUUCUGGUAUUUCCUCCGGAGAUCAUAGCUCCAGAAGUUUCAACAACAGAACUUUCAGCCAAAACCUAUGGGACUCAAAACCCCUUGCAAAAAUUUUUUACUACAAAAAUGAGAAUCUUCGGGGCUAUCCAGAUCCUGUUUGGAAUUAUGAACUUUUCUUUUGGAAUUGUUUUCCUUUUCACCUUGGUAGAACCAUAUCCAAGGUUCCCCUUUAUAUUUACUUCAGGAUAUCCAUUCUGGGGCUCUGUUUUGUUCAUUAAUUCUGGAGCCUUUCUAAUUGCACUGAAAAGAAAAACCACAGAAACUAUGGUAACAAUGAGCCGACUAAUGAAUUUUUUUAGUGCCCUGGGUGCAAUAGCUGGAAUCAGUCUUCUCAUACUUGGUUUCAUCCUAGAUCGAAACUACAUCUGUGGCUAUCUUGCAGGAAAUAGUCAGUGUCAUGCUAAUAACACCCUAUUCCAUGGAAUUUUGAUUAUGUUGAUGAUCUUCAGCAUUAUUGAGUUGUUCAUUUCUCUGCCGUUCUUCAUUCUGGGUUGCCACAGAGACGACUGUGAUUGUAAGGGAUUGUGUUGA